AUUCGUGACUGGCUGCAGCUAAAUUUGCGUCCAAAUGAAGGCUCUGACUCAAGCUGAUUUAGUUUAUGUUUGGCAACAAUUGAAUAAAGUUCCAGCCGUUUUUCUACUCUUGUCUUCGUGUAGUCUAUGUAUAUGUUAAGCGUGAGAUCAAUCUAAGGAAAACACACACACACACACAAAAAAAAAGUGUCUAAGCAUUUAACAAAAUAAAAUAACUAAAUAAAUGUUUUAAUGGCGCGUUAAUAUUCGGUUUUAUAAUUCAACUACAGAUUUUUAAGCUUUAAAAAUGUUUUAAACGCUUCACAAAAGCAAAAUGAAAAACACUUUGUAGAUUCGUAAUUGCGAAUACUCGGUUGUAAGAUGAACGAAUCGUCAUGAAAAAUCGAUAGCUCCAGAAAAACUUUAUUGCGUUUGCAAGAAAAAUAAACUGUUUGUAAGGGCGACACAAAAAACGCAAGCAAAAUGUUUACGUGAAGCAAGAAAAUAAAAAUUCUUUGUUUCACCAACCACAUAUUGAAGAACUGAGUGGUGUAGCGAAAAUUAUUUCCAUAUUGAAAAGAAAACACCAGUAAAAAUAAACAAAAAAAAAACAAUUGCAUUUCGUCACUCGUAUUUUUUGCGAAAGUUGAAAUUUUUUGUGAUAACUUUGUAAAAGUACAAAUUAGUGGUAGAAAAGAAGAGAGCUCUUAGACUAAAUGUCAAACGUAGAUUAAAUGUUAAGUAACACACAACAACGUUACAAUAAGUACCAACAACAAUUUUUUAGUGCAAUAGCAAAAUUUUUUCUACACAAUUGAUAAUAAACAAAAAAAUUAUAAAAAUAAUAAUAAUAAAACUUAACUAACUGACACAACAUUCCUGCGCAACAUAAACAAACAAAAUGGCUGUCGAAAUGUACUAGGCCAGCCCUCACAAUGUCUGUCCCUGUACGCUACUCUGCUGCCGCCAAUUACGCCGUCGUUGAUAGUGGUUUGUCAAAUACUCUACAACAAGAAGAGCAAUACCACCAAUACCAACACCAGCAACAACAACAGCAACAGCAGUUGUAUUGCCAGUUUGUCGCCAACGGUAACGCUAACGCUAACGCCAACAUCAUCCAAAGCAAUAUCAAUAACAACAAUUUGAGUUUGGGUGGUGCUUGCAACAACUACGUUUACGUGAACGGCAACAUAAACGGCUUUGAGGUGCAGCAGCAGUUGAUGCAGCAGCGGUCAUCGAUGUCGUCGUCGGUUUCGCCAACAGCUGGAUUGCCCGCCAACAUCAACAUCAACAACCAUCACCAACACCAACACCAACACCAACACCAACACCAACACCACACCUCCAUCGACAACAACAACGUUCAAAAUUCGCCCUCAGCCAUGGACAAUAUGAACAUCAAUAAUAUAAAUGUGCUGCAAGAGGAGGAAGAGCAUCAUCAUCAUCAUCAUCAGUUACAGUAUCAUCAUCAACAACAACAACAACAUUUCGAUAAUCAUUUGGCAAUGAGCGCUGAAGCGUCGGCAUGCGAGCAAUCGGAAUUGUCGUCGCCGAAUGGUGCCUCGAUGGGCGGCGGUAUGGCAACUGUGGCGGAAGCUACGAAUCCAACGAUGUUGGCAGCAGCAUCAGCGGCGGUGGCGGCAGCAGCAGCAACGGCGAAUGGAAGCGGCAUUAGUGCAGCAAUGCACGAAGCUGUGGAUGUAGAUGUGGAUGAGUGGAGGAUGUCGUCUGACGAGGGCCGGUAUGGGACACCGGGUGCUGCUGGCUUGGAAUAUCAAAAAUAUGAGCUCGAACAACAACAACAACAACAACAAUCACCUGCCAACAUGAUGAACCAACCAUUGGAGUCUUCGUUAAUGGACAAUGAGAAUAGGAAUAUGAAUAUGAAGAAGAACAACAACAACGCCAGCAUCAAUAUGAAUAUGAAGAAUGGCAAUGGCAAGAAGAACAGCAACAACAACGCUGCAAAUACCGAUGCCAAUAGCGCCAAUGAUGCGCCCAACCCGACAAAGAAGGAGAACGAAUUGAUCGGGCUAUCUUCGGACGAAUUGUAUCGUAUGUUGAGCGAGUACAAUGUGUUGCAGGAUAAAUACCACACUGUAUUGUUGCUGCCGAGAGAAUCCAAGCGUGAAGUGACAGCCGGUGGACGUGAUGGCUCCGCGUAUGUUUUACGUUGCCUUAAAAUGUGGUAUGAGCUGCCCUCCGAUGUUUUAUUCUCAGCAAUGAGCCUUGUGGAUCGCUUCCUGGAUCGCAUGGCAGUGAAGCCGAAGCAUAUGGCCUGCAUGAGUGUCGCUUCGUUCCACUUGGCCAUCAGGCAGUUGGGACAAAAAGCAAUACCCGCGGAAGAAUUAGUAACUAUUUCUCAGUGUGGUUGCACUGCCGGUGAUUUGGAACGUAUGGCCGGUGUUAUUGCCAACAAAUUGGGUGUUCAAAUGGGCACCACACCGGUCACAGCCGUCACCAUUCUGCGCGUUUUCUACGCACUUUUCCGCAACCUGGCCAAGGAGGUGUGCGACGAAUUCUAUGAAUUCUAUCAGCGUAUGAUCAAAUUGGAAGAUUUAGAAAAUCGUUUGGAGAAUUUGCUGUGCGAUGUGAAAACAACCGUUAUUACGCCAUCAACAUUGGCAUUGAUAUUGAUGUGUUUGCAUUUGGAUUUCCAUAUCAAAGCGUCGUACAAGCGCGAACGGCCCGAAUUGAAGCCCGUAUUUGAGUACAUACUCUUCCUGCAGCAGUACUUGCGGAUUCCCGAUCGUGUAUUCAGCUGCGGCUUCACCAUUGUCGCUGACAUAUUGUCUCACUACAAUGGCCAGAACAAGCAGCCCUACAAGCAACGUCUGGUUUGGAAACUAUCCAGCCGUACACUGAAAGUACUGCGUCCAACCAAUCGUUUUUCAACCGAUCUACCCACCAUCGAUGAGGGCCAAGCGAAUGCCAUGGAUGACGGCUGUCGUUCAAGAACCGAAAGCAUUAGCUCCGAGGAGGAGGAGGAUUGGCCAACGUCGCCUAUAAUUCCGAUCUUUGAACAGUGUUAGUACAGUACAUACACACGCAUUACAGAAUGCGAUCAAUACAACAAAAUUUUUGCUUACGAACUCAACAAAUAACUGCAGGAUAUUUUUUUCGGUUAGACGGUUUGAGUAGAGGAGUACGCAAAAAAAAAAAACAAAAAUACAAAAAACAAAAAGGAAGAACACAAUCAUUUGUUUCACACAGAGGCGCAAAGAUGUUGUGUAAAUUUUGCAAUCGAUAGCCAACGGAGAAAAUUGUAAAGUGUAGCUGAAGAGCCGGAGUGCAACAGCAACAGCGUAGGAACGAAAACUCAAACAGAAAAUAGUUGUAAAAUGAAAAAAAGACAUCAACAACAACACAUAUCCUGCAUAACAGCAAGAAAUUAAAAUCAUAACAGCCUAUUUGUUUUUUGGAAAAACCUGCAAAAUAAGGAAAAAAAAUAUUUGAAGCAAGCAAACGGAGUUCAAGGAGAAGAACAAGAAAACAACACGUUUACGUAAGCGAGGAGUCAGUCAACAGCAGCGGUUAAAGGCGCGAACAACAACUUAAAGCUAAUAAGGUUUUUGUUUUUUGUUUUUUGAUUUAACAAGAACACCCAAAUCCCCCUCCACUCUGCGAUGUGUGUAUAUUUUGCUAUGCAUCAUAAUUACGGAAGAUUUUUAAAUUGAUUUUUAUAUAUGUAUGUAUGUACGUACGUAAGAUAAGAAAAAGAUAGAGCGAGAAAAGUAAAAAGAAAAAAAUAUAUUAAAAUUAAAUGGGUUAGGUGGCGCGGUGCGGCGUAUGACAACCGAUACCGAUGAGUCAGACAGUUAGAAAAGCGCGCGCGCAUAUUGUAGGGAAGAUGUUUAAUUCUCUUUCAAUGCUUAAGGAAAAAACACGAAACAAACUAAAAAAGUUAAAAAAACAAAAAAAUUCAAAAAAUAUAUUACAAAAAAAAAAAAACCAAAUAAAUGUUGCGGACCAUCAUACCAAGGAUUGAUGCCGUUCCGGCGCAUUUUUCGUUGAUUGCUAGAAGUGUGGUAGCGAGAAAUUCUUGGCAGAAUUAAAAAAAAAAAACACAACACACUUCGAAAUUAUAAUUUUUUUCUUCUAACAAUCAACCAAAUAAAAUAAAAAACACCUACAAACAGUUGGUAAACAUGUAAGCUACGCAGCGCAUGCCACUAAAUUUUUAGGUGCGCAUGCGCGGCUAGCUGGCACGUUUGUUAGCUGCUUUUUGAUGAGAUGAGCAUGUGUACGCUCAGAGCGGUACAAAGCAUUUUGGGUUCGCUCACGCAAUUACAACAAACAAAAAAAAAUAUAUACAUAUUCCAAAAACAAAAGUUUAUCGAAAGAAAAACAAAAAACCCAAACAAAAAAAUUAUUAACUUUAACUAAGUAAUUAUCAAAGAAAAAACUACAAUCUACAAUUAAUUUGAGUUCUUUUAUGUUCAACCUAUGUUUGUAUUAUGAUUUUAUUUAGUACUUUGUUCAGUUGUUUCUGGUAGUAAGAAUGCAUAAAUCAAGCAUAAAUAGUAUUUAGCAAAACAAAACAAAAAAAAAAAAAAUCAAAAACUAAAGAAUUAAAAUAGACAAAAAUCAUAUUCAAAUAAAUUAUACAAAAGCAAAACCAAAACGUAAAUAUAUCAACACUACUACAUAUAGCAAGUCAAUACUGUAAUUGUGUUAUCUCUGUAAACAAUAAAAAUUUAACUACAAAUUAAAAACGCAAAAGAUAUACUAAAACUUCAAAAUUACCGUUUUAUUCCAAAUUUCAUUUCGUUUCUUCAAUUGAUAGUGAUGCGGAACUUGUAAAAACCAGAAAACUUGCAAAAAAAAAACAUAAAAAACUAAAAAGUACAAAAAUAUUUUAUUAUUAGCUUCAAAACAAAAAAAAAAAAAUGUUUAUUUUACGUAUAAUUGAUUCUCAAAAAAAAAAAAAUGUAAAUUUAAAUUUGAUUAUGACGCGUUAAGUUUUAAGGAUAACGAGCUGGUUUUAAGAAUUUUCAAACUGACGCCUACACUUAGGUUAAGAAGAAAUCAGAGUAAAAAAACGAAAGCUAUAAAUUUUAAGCGCGCCAGUUUGUGGCAUAAAUUGUGUACAAACAGUAUUGAGAAAAUGAAAAAAAAAAUAUACUGCCCCGUUUUUGUAAUCAACUCACUUCAAACCAAUACUUCUGAACAUAAUUCAGGCCACAAACGCUAGCGAUAGCAACUAAUUUCAGUAAACAGAGCAGCAAGCAUUUUGAUAAUUUCGAUAACUUCAUUUGAGGUCAUAAAAAUAUGUUCUUGUUGAAUAACAGACGAAAAAAUAACGAAGUGAAAUAUUUUUUCAAACAAAUGGACACACAAAUACAAGUACGAUCUGAAAGUAUGUCCCUUUUUUUUUUUGAAUUCAUAAACCAAAAACCUUUGCUGUCUGGGGUUUGUAUUUCUAAAGCGAUUAGCUUUAAGACAGUCAGCGGUCAGACAUUUCGAAAAGCAUCCUCCUUUGAAACACGAAGCGAGCGAGCGAGCGAGUGCAAAUUCGAAAUGCCUAACCUAUAAACUAUUAUUCGAGUGAAAGCUAGCGGCGCGCGCGGGUGUACCGAAUACGCGCCGCCCGCCUACGCUUGCAACACUUCGAACGCAAUAAAUAUUCCAUACCCGCGCAUGUAUAUAUGUACUUUUUUUCGUUGAAAAUUUGCUUACAAUCUUUAGCGCAAUCUUUUUAUGAGCCACACUUUGCGCACAAUUCGCCUUUGGUGGCUGCUAUCGGCUGCCGGCGAGCGCAAUGUUGUGCAUUGCAUUUGAGUUGCGCGCACUCUCGAGACUGGUACUCGCAGAGUUUUCCUUUGAAUAGAGCGAGGCAGCGUGAGCUAGCUGUGUCGUGAUUCGAGAAGGCAAAGUGCGCGCGCUUGGCGGUGAGCUGACUUCAUUUGCUGCGCGCACUCGCAUCUCAUUUCGAUAGCGCGUCGUCUCUCCGCUGUGAGAAAUUGUUGUUAAUUUUUCCAGCGGUUGAGAGGUGUUCGGAUUUCGCGGCACAGCUGUAAAGUUUUACAGUCCUAUUAAAGUUGGAGACACAAGCCAAGUCGCUGCGGUUUCGGUUACGAAUUCGCGGGAGUUCUCUUGUGAUAUCCUUCCUUCAUUUGACUAAGCUUACUGUUACGCGUUGGUGAUCUUACACGAGCCGACGUGAUUGCGCUCACACACACAAGUGCUCCUCGAAUCAAAUUCAAUUGAGUGAUCUUUUUUUAAUUUUUGCAUAUAAACUAUUUUUGUAUGCAAAGUAUUUUUUUAGAAUUUCUUUUUUGUUAAUAAUUUUAUUUGCUAAUUUUUAAGUAUACAAACACACAAAUGUAAUACAACAAUACAUUGCAAGCAACGAUUUGUAGCUUGUAAAAAUCUUUUUUUUUUCGGAUUCCAAAAA